ACGGCGACGAUCUAUUUUGUCCAAAUGGGGUUGCCGUAGCAUUUCCACCGAUUGACGCGUUCGACGUAGAGAAGGUAGACCCAGAGUGCUCUACGUUUAUGUUUUUGGUAUUCGUUGCUUUUUUGCCGUCUUUCUUAUUUGGUACACUUUGAAGAGCUAACAGGGACUAAACAUCACACUUUAUGACAAGCUCGUCUCAAUGCGCUUCCUCGCUUCUCAAGCUAGCUUGCUAGCGGCUAACAAAGAGACGCGGAAGUUAGCAUCGCGUGCUAACUGUUUGUGUGUUUGUGUGAGGAUGUCUAUCAAGUGAGAGCAUCGAUGAAAGAUCGACAAGCUGCUGCCGUGUAAGAAAUAUUUGUUGCGAUAAAAAGAACGAUAGCAGAUUACGAAGAGGAACUUUGUCGACCAAAAGAGGAGAACGCCAACGACGACGUUUUCAAGCAUCAAAUGGCGUCACAUAGAGAAGAUCAUCGUGCGGCUGCUAUUGUAAAUUGAUUUCUGCGUCCUUGUGUGUCGGUGAAGAAGAUCUUCCCCCUGAGCAGCAGGCCUGGAGCUCCAGGAUGGAGGAGGAAGAGCCACUGGGCAUUAAAGAGGAAGAUGAGGAGCAAAUCUGGACUCAGGAAGGCGCUGACAUCGGCAGCUUUCCAGUGAUUCGAGUGAUCGUGAAGAGUGAAGACGAUGAGGAGGAAGCUCAGUGGGUACAGCUUGAUCACAAUCAAAGUGACGAUACGAGAAGUCCAGCAGCAGACCGCCUCUUAGCUCCGCUAUCACGUAGUGACGACACGGCGUUGCACUCCCCUGACGCCGAUGAAGACUCCAGAGCUGUUAUGGCGUGUCACACUAACAACAAACACUUUAAAUGCUCUCAGUGCCAGAAAAGUUUUACGUAUAAGUCAGACUGGAAAACACACAUGAGGGUCCACACGGGAGAAAAACCAUUCAGCUGCCCAUUUUGCUCUAAAAGAUUCUCCCAAAAAGGCACUUUGACAAUACAUACAAGAACACACACAGGAGAGAAACCGUUUUCAUGUUCAGUCUGCGAUGCCGGUUUUACUGAUCGUUCCGCGUUGAUCAAACACACGAGAACACACACCGGUGAGAAAUGUUUCACAUGCUCAGUUUGUGGUGAAAGAUUUUCCAGAAAGAUGAAUCUGACAGAACACACAAGAACACACACGGGCGAGAAACCGUUCACCUGCAGCAUCUGCGGAAAAGGAUUCUCCAAAAAGGUGAAUUUGAAGUCCCACACGAGAACACACACUGGUGAAAAACCCUUUUCAUGCUCAGUCUGCGACACAAGUUUCAGAUUUCAGUCCUCCUUGAUUCCACACAUGAGAACACACACCGGCGAGAGUUCUUUUCCGUGCUCAGUUUGUGGUAAAAUCUUCUUUAGAAAGAUGAGUUUGAUCGAACACGCAAGGACCCACACUGGAGAAAAGCCGUUUUCAUGUUCAGUCUGCAACACGAUGUUUCGAUGCCAGUCGACAGUCGUGAAACACAUGAGGACACACACUGGCGAGAAACCCUUUUCCUGCUCGGUCUGCAACAAAAGUUUCAGCCUUCACCCGUCACUGUUUCGACACAUGAGAACACACACUGGAGAGAAACCAUUCAGUUGCAAUGUGUGUGAUGAGAAGUUCGCUUAUAAGUAUCAGCUUAGCAAACACAAAUGUGCUGGUGAGAGCAGCAGCGGCCAAACGCAUUUUAAUGGCUAGAGUUGGCUUUUAUUUCAACAGAAACACCAUAAACAUAAGACAACACACAUGCAUAAGUGUACAUAAGCUAGACAAAGUAAUUAUGAUGUUAAAGGUGCAACUGGAUUUCAUUUGUUUUUUUCAUAUUAGAGGAUUGACUGAUGUGGCGGAAGUACUGCCCAAUAAAGCAAAAAUAAA